AUUCAUCCAUAGCAUACAAAAAUGCAAGAAGUACAAUUUAUUGGAUAAUUAUGUUCCUUUGCUGUGCAACAUGCUGGUUUCGGUCCUGCUCUUUUACGGCUGUUCCCAUUAACAGGACUAGUAAGUUAUCUGUACUAUAAAUUAUUAAAAUGUGAAUGUCGUGUUGCUGGAACAUAUUAUAUAUGCUAUGGUACUCAAUCAAUUCUUGCAAUAAGUCUUUCUUUAUUGCUAUCUCUGUUCUAAGUCUAUUAGAUUUUUGCCUUUAGGCUUAAUCCUGCUUACUUUCCUUUCACAAAUAUUCCCAUGAAAUAUGACAUCAUUAGUUAGUUAAUUAACAAGAUACCAUCAGAUAAUAUUUUAUGACUGAAAGAUUUAUAAUUCAGCUGUGGAUAGUUCAUCUCUUAAAACAUACACAGUUCUUAGUAGGCAGAUAGAUAAACUGUACUAUAUUAGCUAGAAAAUAAUUCCUGUUAGUAGCUUUUCUUAACCCUAAGAGUUUAAAUAAAGUCCCAUGUAUUUGUAUUCAGAGCAGGUAGCUUUGAAUGUAUUUGGAGAUAUGUCUGAGUAAAUGUAUGUAAGAGCAGGUCUUUUUGAUUGUAAAUACCGUUAUGUAAAAUUUAUUACUUCAACAAAUUAUGAUCCUAUUACGUAACAAAACAUGGAAAGUUAAGCAGCAUCACAGGCAUGUACAUUGAUAUAAAUAUGUAAAAUACAAGUAUCUGACAUUGCUGGUUUCCAUACUGUAAGGAAGAAAACGUCAUGGACGACCAAAAAGAAAAGAAAAAAUAUAGAGGCAUUUCUAAAGGACUUCGACUUGGAAGUCAAAGAAUGCAUUCAGGCUAUCAAACUGGGCAGUGAGCACCUUCAGAAGGAGAUCAGCAACAUGUACGCCAUGGCGUUCCUCCGCCUCCCUGUGGCCGUGAGGGAGACAAACUGGCUCAGCUACUGUGCAGGAGGUGAGAUGGCCCAGGAGAAACUAGCCCUGGCGGAUUUCGACAUUGAAGAAAUUAUUAAACUUGCAUCUGAAGCAAUUCAGACCCCCAUGAAAACUUGUAGGAAAGGCAGAAAAAAACCCCCCAAGUAUACUAUAGGAUCCAUCAACGAGGAGGUGGAGUGUCCUGUCCGUGUGCCUGGCCCUUCAGAACAGGAUCCCAAUAUGUUGCAGGAGUUGAGAAAGGGAAAAGGAUUAACCAAGAAGCCUCUAACAUCCAAGAAGAGCAGCCCACCCUCUCUCAGAUCGACCCGUUUCAAUCAAAGCACGGACAGCAACGACAACUUAUUUACUUCAGUUGGCCAGGUGUCCCACAGCACUGCCACCACCAUCCAAACUCUGAUCCCAGCAUGGUCAGAAUCCCUGGACUGUGGCCCCCGGCCCCACAGGAGCGCGUGUACCAUGUCAGGAUCUCUGCCAAUAGCAGCCUUCUACCAGACAGCCAAGACGUCGUCAUCACCCUUUCUCUUGGUGGAGGGGAGAACAUCUGCAUGAAAGCCAGUGACCUCACUGAGGAGGAUCUGAAACACUUGAAUCCAGCUGUCCUUAAGAGUUUGAGGAAGCUCUCGUCUCAAGUUCUGUGCUUCUGUAAGAAGCAGCCCUGAAAUCAUCCAACAGUCACAGUGUCCCUGCAGCGGGUUUUUGGGAAAGGCUGCAGGAGACCUCCAGCUUCUGAUCUCUCAGCAUCUCUUUUACUUUGGUCUCAGCUGCCUCCAUGAGAGCAAGUCAGAGGAGGCUAGAUUUUUCUGUGUUCUAACUGUGCUGUGUUCCUUUUCCUUGUUUGUCUUUUGUUUUGAUAAAAAAAAAAAGAUUUUGAAGCCAGGGUAGAGCACCAGGCUAGAAGAGGAUGUGUUGUCCUUGAAACAGGGGUGUGUGUAUCCUUUCAGGUCCCAGCCGCUGUGGCGGGCUUGGAGCCAAGAUGCUCCAGAGCUUCCCCACACCUAGACUGAUAGUUGCUGCCCCAUGAACAGCAGUAGAGCCCCAAAACACACAGCUGCACCGAGGAGACGUAGGGACGGAGAAGCCAUGAGCUCAGCUGCCAGGUUUCUUUUGCACCUGUGGGUCCCCCUCCAUGCCCACCAUCCUCCUGGUGAGGAAGCCCAUCUUACGACUGGGGCAGGAGGCAACUGCUUCCUCAGCCCAACUCUUCCUCAUUAUCUGAUGCCUUCCAUUGGAGGGAAGAUAAUGGUGGAUUUGAAGCCAAGGUGGUCAAGGAGAAACAGCAGACGAUGACCAUCAGAUAAUGGUAAGCUUGGAGCCAAGAUGGUCAAGGAGAAACAGCAGAGGAGGACCAGCCAGGCCCGAUUCACUGCUCCUUCUCUUCUUCUGCUCCUCCUGGUUGGCUGUCUCUUGCACACUCUCCAGCCCAAGCUGAUGUUGCAGUAAGCUUGGCAUAAGAGAGCCACUGCUUAGAGGGUGGCUGUGCCCUCCACUGGUCAGAGGGUCCUUUUCUCCUGGGGAAGCUGUCCACCCAGCCCAGUGUUCUGCCCGGAUGGCCUGCCCACCUGUGGAGGACACACACCUCUUUAUUAUCCCUUUAAUAUAAGUAGUUGGUUUCUCAGAGUUCUUCCAAUGUUAAUUAGCAAAUUGUCUGGAAAGUGAAUGUACACAAUAAAGUGUUACU